UGCUUUGACUGUGAGUCCACCGGAUACAGUCUCGAGUUUUUAAAAAGGCUUUACGGUUACAUUAUUUUUUAUUCACCCCAGAUAAUUAUUCAUUUGCUCUCAGGGUUUUCGUGGCCAUGGCGUCGUCACCGGCUCCGCAAAACACUUUCCGACAUGUUUUGCCGCCGGACCAUCUUGGAACAAGACACAUUUCCCAUCAAGCCUUUUGUUUGGCAGUAAACUACACAUCCUCCCGAGAGAAAGAGUACUCUCUAGUGGUGGUCACCGACUCGGAGAAGCAACGUAUACUGUUAGGUGAAAAGCAUCGAGGGUUUGGUACUGGGAUGUACAACUCAUUCGGGGGUAAACUUGAGCGAGAGGAGUCUGCCACGGCUUCCGCUUGUCGCGAACUCGAAGAAGAAACGGGCAUUGUGUCGCCGCUAUCGAUUAUGGAGGAAUCACAUGUUGGAACGCUGCGGUUUACUUUUGAAGAUUCUGAGACCGAAAUGGUAGUGCAUUUGUUUCGAGUGAAUGUUACAAUAUCUGCUUCGGGCAACGAUAAAAGUGGUGGGCCAGCAUUGCAAAGUGGCGGCCGAACCUUUCCUAUUGCGAUAAAGAGCGACACUAUUCGUGGAUGCGACGAGAUUACCCCCUUUUGGGUUGACAAUUGGUCUGCUAUACCUUUUGAUAACAUGUUUGCCGACGAUUCGUUGUGGCUGCCUGCUUUGUUGUCUGGUUCAGACUUCAUCCGUUUGGACGGCUGGUUUCAUUUUCAAGCCGGUGGUCAAAACAUUAAUUCUAUAUCGCACUGGUACAUGGACAUCAAUGACAAUCCUGCUUAAAACCAUCCAGGCAAUAGCCAGCUGCAAGGGGUGUGUGGACAGUUGUUCUCCGAGGUUUACUUUAGAACAGAGACUGUUGCAUGCCUUGCAUG